AUGAUAGACAUAAGUAUGUACGGAAAUCAUUCUUCACACACCAGUGGUUUUCAGAACAGUGACCUUGGAUCCGGAGGGUAUCCUUACUUUACGUCGGGUCAUCAUCACCACCAUCACUACCACCAGCACCAACGGCAAACCACGCAGCAUCAGCAGCAUCCAAAUUCGACUCAUUUAGCCAACUCGGCGCACAAUGUUAACGCGCCAGCAAGCAACAGCAAUAGUGGCAACAGUUCCACUGGAAGCACCAGUACCAGCAACACCACCACGACCUCUAGCAGCAACAACAACAACAACAGCACGCCGAGCAGUGCUCCCAACAACUGUUCCAAUGCUCCUCCUGCCAACGUGCACCAGGCUUCCUAUACGCAUACGCCCCACCUUUACAGUCCGUCCGCGAUCGAGUACGGCAUUACUACCUCGAGUUCACCGACCACCGAUUUGUAUUUUGAAAGUGGUGAUAGCCAGAGCGGCAUUUACUACGGCCCUGGCGGUCAGACUGCGCCCACGGUACCCUUCCAAGAGAACCGUAUCAUUAGUGCGGAUAAUGGACUCAGCUACACAAACCUGGACUAUGCGAUGUACCAUCAAGCACAAGCGCAAGAUUGCGUAGAGGGCACGACCCCGUACCUGGCACACCACGAUACCAAAUUGCAUCUCCAUCGCUAUGGACCGUCUCCAUUUUCCGGUGGCAUGGCGGACGAUGCCGUUGCCGGUGAACACCAUCACCAUUUGUCCCACGGCCAUCUCCACCACCACCCACACCAUCACCAUCAUCAUCACCUUCCACAUCCGCACAAUCCAACUUCUCCCGGAGUGGGUCCUGGCGGAAAUAGUGCGGGUGUUGCUGGAGCUGGCUGGGGACAUCCUCAGCUUUACCCGGACGCUGUUGUUCAACAGCAGCAGCAACAACAGCAUACCCAACAGCAGCUCACAGUUGGGCAGUGUAAUUCCAGUGUUUCGACGACAUCGGCACUGCUGGAGUCGCAAGGUUUGCUCGCGAGCGCGAAUGUGUCAGACGAUGGCGAUAGUAAUGGUGGUGGAGGUGUUGGAAACAGUUUGCUACACUUACAGCACCACCAACAUCUGCACCAACAGCAUCACCAUCAUGGUGCUGGUUUGCAUACCACGCAGAGUAUGCACUCUCAGCAGCAACAGCAGCAACAGCAGCAACAACACCAGCUUACACAUUCCCAGCAACAUCAGCACCAACAGCAACAGCAGCAUCAGCAGCAGCCAAACCACCCGAAUGCACCCACCUACAAGUGGAUGCAAGUCAAACGAAACGUGCCAAAGCCUCCAAUGAAUAAAUCUGGACCAGUACAAACUCCUCCAGAAUACCAUAUCCCCGCACAUGUUCUAGAUCCCCUACGAGGAGUUCCGAACCAUCCAACUGUAGUUGCUCCCAGUACCGUUUCACCACAUCAGACCAGCUUCCUAAUGAACAACAGCAGUACUGGACGAACAAAUUUUACCAACAAGCAACUAACGGAACUAGAAAAAGAAUUUCAUUUCAACAAAUAUUUGACGCGAGCAAGACGAAUAGAGAUUGCAAAUGCAUUGCAUUUAAAUGAAACGCAGGUAAAAAUAUGGUUUCAAAACCGAAGGAUGAAGCAGAAGAAACGAAUCAAGGAAGGUCUUGUACCACCAGAAGCGCAGAGCCUAUCACCGAAACAUUCUUCUAUGAUAAGCAACUCCGAAUCUUCGGUGAUUACAACAACAACAACGACAACGGCACAAACUACACCAGGAGCCACGAUCAAUUCUUCCCUCAAUGAAAGCAAUGAAAACAGUCGCGAGUCAAACACCAUCUAA